AUGUUGUCGGUGUGGAAGUACCGGCCGUACAUCGCUCUGUUCAUCGGUAUCCAGGCAGUUGUUUUAUUUUUAUACCUACGAUUCUACAGACUGGCUGAUCUGACGGCAACAUCGCAGAUCUCUAAACGUUGGCUUCGUGUUAACGUUCGCGGUAAAGAGGUGCUGUGUAUACCGACGGAAAACGAAUCCAUUGACUCGGAAACCUUCACUAUGCUGUGCGGGGAGAAUGAAAACUCUGUGAUAAAUAGUCAUAUGAUGGGCAGUCAAUUUGAAAAUCUACAGUUAUCGGAUCCUUCCGACCUGGGGGCUGUUUUGGAAGGUUUUCCAAAUGAAUACCUUUCAAUUAACAACAAGAGUGUCGAUGAGAAAAUGGACUUCCACUGUGAUGUGUGUGCUCUAGUUUCUACCUCCGGACAUAUAUUAGGUACAGGUGCUGGAAGAGAAAUAGACAAUGCAACUUGUGUCGUCAGAAUGAAUGCUUCCCCGGUCAAGGGUUAUGAGCAGGACGUCGGCACACGGACCACGCUUAGGAUGGUUUCCUUUAUUACGUUGAACUCCAAGGGAUUAAUCAAGAGAAGCAUACUUGAGGACAGCAGCCCAGAAAAAAUAGUGUUGUGGCCUACUUUGAAAAAGGAUGUGUACUCUAAAGUUAUGGAGUCUUAUCGUAUUUUAAGUAAAAACUACACAAAUAUAGAUUUUUAUUAUGUCAGUGAUAAACAAGUUGAGUACACGGACAGUCUGUUUGAGAGAGAGACUGGGAAAAAACGGAUUGGAAGUGGAUCAUGGCUGUCGACUGGUUGGUUCACUGUGACAUUACUUUUGUAUUCCUGUGAUGAAAUAAGAAUAUAUGGUAUGGUUGAGUCUGAUCACUGUGACAAGGAGAUGAUAGCAACACUGUUGUCCAUAAAGGGAGAUGAUAGCAACACUGUGUUGUCCAUAAAAGGAGAUGAUAGCAACACUGUGUUGUCCAUAAAAGGAUAUGAUAGCAACACUGUGUUGUCCAUAAAAGGAGAUGAUAGCAACACUGUGUUGUCCAUAAAAGGAUAUGAUAGCAACACUGUGUUGUCCAUAAAAGGAGAUGAUAGCAACACUGUGUUGUCCAUAAAAGGAGAUGAUAGCAACACUGUGUUGUCCAUAAAAGGAGAUGAUAGCAACACUGUGUUGUCCAUAAAACCCAAACAUGCCAACAUGAGCGGACCAAAUAGUGCCAACAUGAGCGGACCAAAUAGUGCCAACAUGAGCAGACCAAAUAGUGCCAACAUGAGCGGACCAAAUAGUGCCAACAUGAGCGGACCAAAUAGUGCCAACAUGAGCGGAUCAAAUAGUGCCAACAUGAACGGACCAAAUAGUGCCAACAUGAGCGGACCAAAUAGUGCCAACAUGAGCGGACCAAAUAGUGCCAACAUGAGCGGACCAAAUAGUGCCAACAUGAGCGGACCAAAUAGUGCCAACAUGAGCGGACCAAAUAGUGCCAACAUGAGCGGACCAAAUAGUGCCAACAUGAGCGGACCAAAUAGUGCCAACAUGAGCGGACCAAAUAGUGCAAACAUGAGCGGACCAAAUAGUGCCAACAUGAGCGGACCAAAUAGUGCCAACAUGAGCGGACCAAAUAGUGCCAACAUGAGCGGACCAAAUAGUGCCAACAUGAGCGGACCAAAUAGUGCCAACAUGAGCGGACCAUGGAAAAAACAUUCACAAUGA